AAAUCGCUCCAAAAGAUUCUUACUUCCUUUACUUCUUCCGACGUUUCGUUUCUGUGUAAAAACAAAGCCGUUGUUCUUUCGUGAUUCUUUGGCUGCUGCCUGCAAAUCUGCCCGUUUCUGUCUUCUUCUUUCGCUCUCUCGGCUACGAGCUUUCGGUUUUUGUUUGUUUCGAGAAUCAAAAUGGCUCCAAGCUUGAGCAAAGCCGGCUCUGAUGUGACCACCCUUGUCAAUGGUUGCGCCGGCUCCGUGAUCACUCUGGAGGAAUCCAACUUCCUGGCCAAUGGGCAUGUCAUUCUCUCUGAGGUCCCCCCGAACGUCACGGCCAGCCCCUCGGCUCACCAUGCCUCGGGCUGCUUCGUCGGGUUCGACACCGCCAAACCCGGAAGCCGCCAUGUCGCCUCCAUUGGCAAGCUCCGGGGCAUCCGGUUCAUGAGCAUAUUCCGGUUCAAGGUCUGGUGGACCACCCACUGGGUCGGCACCAACGGCCGCGACCUGGAGCACGAGACCCAGAUGGUCAUCCUCGACAGGUCCGACGACGACGAGGGGUUCGAGUCCGGACCGGCCCGCCCGUACGUCCUCCUGCUGCCCCUCCUGGAGGGGUCCUUCCGGGCCUCCAUCCAGCCCGGUCCGGAUGACUUCGUGGACCUGUGCGUGGAGAGCGGGUCCACGAAGGUCACGGCCGCCGGGUUCAGGGCGGCGCUCUACAUGCAUGCGGGGGACGACCCUUUUGCCCUCGUCAAGGACGCAAUCAAAGUAGCGAGGGACCACUUGGGCACGUUCAAGCUCCUCGAAGAGAAGACCCCGCCCGGGAUAGUGGACAAGUUCGGGUGGUGCACGUGGGAUGCGUUUUACCUCACGGUGCACCCGGAGGGGAUAUGGGACGGGGUCAAGGGCCUGGUGGAGGGCGGGUGCCCGCCCGGGCUCGUCCUGAUCGACGACGGGUGGCAGUCCAUCAGCCACGACGAGGACCCGGUCACGAAGGAGGGCAUGAACCACGCGGUGGCGGGCGAGCAGAUGCCAUGCCGGCUCCUCAAGUUCCAGGAGAAUCACAAGUUCAGGGACUACGUGAGCCCGAGGGGUAACGGCAUGAGGGCCUUCGUCCAGGACCUGAAGGAGGAGUUCGGGAGCGUGGACUACGUGUACGUGUGGCACGCGCUGUGCGGGUACUGGGGCGGUCUCAGGCCCGGCGCGCCGGGCCUGCCCGAGUCGAGUGUGGUGAAGCCCGAACUGUCGCCGGGGCUUGAGACGACGAUGGAAGAUCUCGCCGUCGACAAGAUCGUGAACAACGGGGUGGGGUUGGUCCCGCCGGAGCUGGUCGAACGGAUGUACGAGGGCCUUCACUCGCACCUGGAGUCGGUUGGGAUCGACGGCGUGAAGGUGGACGUCAUUCACUUGCUGGAGAUGCUGUGUGAGGACUAUGGCGGAAGGGUGGAGCUCGCGAAGGCGUACUACAAGGCCCUGACGGCUUCGGUGAGGAAGCAUUUCAAUGGCAACGGGGUGAUCGCCAGCAUGGAGCACUGCAACGACUUCAUGUUCCUCGGGACGGAGGCGAUCUCGCUCGGCCGUGUCGGCGACGAUUUCUGGUGCACCGACCCGUCCGGCGACCCGAACGGCACGUUCUGGCUCCAAGGGUGCCAUAUGGUGCACUGCGCCUACAACAGCCUGUGGAUGGGCAACUUCAUCCACCCGGACUGGGACAUGUUCCAGUCCACGCAUCCUUGCGCUCUGUUCCAUGCCGCUUCUCGCGCGAUCUCGGGCGGCCCGAUUUACAUAAGCGACUCGGUCGGGAAGCACGACUUCGAGCUGCUCAGGCAACUGGUGUUGCCGGAUGGCUCGAUCCUGCGGUGCGAGCAUUACGCCCUCCCGACCCGAGACUGCCUCUUCGUAGACCCUCUCCAUGAUGGCAAGACCAUGCUCAAGAUUUGGAACUUGAACAAAUACACGGGAGUUAUCGGAGUCUUCAACUGCCAAGGCGGCGGUUGGUGCCGCGAGUCCCGCCGCAACAAGUGCGCCUCCCGGUUCUCCCACGCCGUCGCCUGCACUACCAACCCCGCCGACAUCGAGUGGAGCGCUGGCGAGUCCCCAAUCUCCGUCGAUGGGGUCCGCGUCUUCGCCCUCUACCUGUCCCAGUCCAAGAGGCUUGUCCUGUCGAAGCCCUCCGAGAGCCUCAACAUCUCGCUCGAGCCGUUCCAGUUCGAGCUCAUCACCGUCUCUCCGAUCAAGGAGCUGAGGCGGUCGGCGGCCGGGGGCGCAAGGACCGUGCAGUUUGCGCCGAUUGGGCUGGUGAACAUGCUGAACGCCGGCGGGGCGAUCCGCGGCGUGGAGUACGGGGAGGGACGGGCGGAGGUCGAGGUGAGAGGAGGAGGGGAGUUCAGGGUGUUCGCGUCGGAGAGGCCGAGGGAGUGCCGGGUCGACGGAACGCGCGUGGGGUUCGAGUACGAAGGGCAGAUGGUGGUGACCCAAGUGCCGUGGCCGGGUUCUUCGAGCUUGUCAAGUGCGGUGGAGUACUUGUUUUAGAGAAUGACUCCAUUGACAUUAUAUUUACCUAAACUUCAUUUUCAUGGGAUUUAUCUCCAGUAAUAUUUUUUUGCCAAAUAAAGGGGCAUUGGUUGUAAGGAGUAUGUACAUAGGAUGAAGCAAAGUAUGAUUAAUUUGAGGAAUGAAGUAUUUCAAUUCAAGUUACUAUAA